AUGUUCAAAGCGCAGUUAUUUCAAGCUGCUUUAUCUGUUACCAACUAUUUACAAAACUCAUUAUUGGAGGAACCCAGGAAUGAUUUGACAAACCAACAUGAUUAUCAUAAAAAAGAAAGAGAAGUUAAUUAUAACAAUCCACCUAAUUUAUUAAAGUCCCUUUUCGAAUAUGGGAGACCUUUUUUUAGAUUAGAUUAUUCUCAAGCAUUGAAUAACAUUCGUUGUUUAGUUUUACCCAUUGGAAAGGUAAAACAAUUGACUCCUGAUUUAUAUAUUCCUAGCAUUUCCACCUCAACAUUUAUGAUCGCAUCUUCUGUAUUGUUAUGUAUUAAAUCUAAGACUAAAAUGACUUUUGGGGACGCCUUAUCCAGAACUCUCACAAAAUUUGUACUUGUAAAUCUGUUCGAAAUAUUAUUUCUAGGAUUUCUCCUCUAUUUUAUAUCAUACUCAAACGUACCUGAUACUAACGACUCUAAUAAACAGACGGUUAAUUACCAGGAUAAUCAAGAAGCAAUUAAUCAAGCAUACGGCCACUUUACUGACUACGGUAAUACGUAUCAAACUCAAUUUAACUUUCGAAAUACGGGAAACCUUCAAAAUUACGGGAAAAAAGAGGAUCAAAGCCAGGGAAACACGACCGUUGUCCAGAAGACGAAGAUCAAACUUCCUCAUGUUCUGUUUGUUAUAGGAUAUAAAUAUGUUUUAAUAAAUUAUUUCCUGUUUAUCACAAAUUUGGUACCAUUAAAGAUUAAUACAAUAGUAUCGAUGGUCUACGUAGGCAUUUCAUCCCUAAUUUUUUCAAUACGAUCAAUUAAAUCGUUGGGGAUUUUCCAGGGAAACAGUUCAAACCCUUUGAUAUUCAUUUUCCCAGUUUUUCAGCCGCUAUUUUUUUACAUUUUAUUACCAGCCAGUAAAAUUUAA